AUGGCUAUUGUCGUUCUCAUAACAACAAUCCGUUCAUCCAAGCCUUCCCAUCUCUCUCAGUCGGUUGAUCGCUGUUUCUUCGGUGGCGGACCACAGUGGCUGCCUCCAGAGGAGCUUUCCUAUGCUCUCUGGGCGUUGGUGAAGCUUGGCGACGGAGGAUCGCCGUUGCUGCAGCGCCUGUUGCAGGGGUGCCCGAGAGCUAUGCCGUUGUUCCGGGCAGCGCAGAUGUCGCGGUUGGCCUGGUCACUUGCCACCGUGCAGCUUCAGGAUGCGCCCUUGCUGGCGUGCCUGGGGCAGCAAGCCACUCAGCGGGCGCAGGAGCUGCACCCGCAGCGCGGGUUAGCGAUGAUGGCUUGGGCUUUUGCGAAGCUGCAGCACUACGAUGAAGACCUGAAUCGUGCGAUCAACAUCCAGACUGAGCGGACGGUAGAAUUUUUCAAAGCCAACGAGCUGUCCAGCAUCGCAUGGGCCUUUGCAACCGUGCGGGCAGCGAAUGUGGGUCCUGCACUCCAUUCUGUUGCUGGGAAAGCCAUCCCUGCCAUGAAGUCCUUUCGGGACAACGAGCUCGCGAUGUUGCUUUGGUCUUAUGCCAAGCUGGAAACCUCUCACCCCGGGCUUUUAAAAGCCGGAACCCAUGAAGCGCGACGGCGUCUCCAGCGAGGAGAUCUGAGUCUGCAGCACAUGGUGAAUGUGGCCUACGCCUGUGCCAGCUUCACGGUCGAGCCGGGACUCGUGGCUGAGAUUGCUGACGAGGCGGCAGCACGGCCAGAGGCUCUCAAGGCCGAAGAGCUUGCAUCCCUGACCUGGGCUGUCGCCACGGCCUCGGUGUCGAGCCGGCUCCGCAACUCGUUGUCGACCCUCGCAGCAGAGGCCGCGGAAGCCGAUAAUGCUGGAGCACAAGAGUUAGCGAACACCCUGUGGUCCUUGGCAUCCAUGCUGGUACGAGAUGCGGAGGUUCUCGCUGGUUUUGGCGAGAAGGUCUUGGUGAACAUCUCGGAAUUCAAGUGCCUGGAUGUCGUGAACAGCGCGUGGGCGUUUGCGACUCUCCGUGAGGUGGACGGACGACUCUUUUGGGCUCUCGAAGAGCGGUGCCUCAGCGGUGGUGGGUGCCUUCUCGUCGAUGCCACGCCACAGCAGCUUGCGAACCUAACAUGGGCCUUCGCGACUGUCGGGCAUGGCUCCGAAGGCGAGCUGUUUCAGAUCGUCGCGCGGGAAGCCCGCGCCAAAUUGGGCGAUUUCUCCAUGCAGGGCAUUGCGAACCUCGUUUGGGCUUUUGCAACUGCCGGCGUGGAUGCGACGGAGCUUUUCCAGGCAGUGGGCGAUAAGCUGCUGUCGGAUGGUGGAAGGCUCCGCGAUCGAAGAAGCCCGGACGCGCAGAUCGCGUUUGCUGUCGAUCUGACUGCUGUGCUGCAAAGUUUUCGUGCCAGGGGCUUCACACAUCCUGUGAUGCACUGGGCCCAGACUGAGGGCCUCCGCCAGAUGGGGCAACACCUGGACCUGACCAUCAUCGGCUCCUUGUCGUCCCCGCCCAGGUCGUUGGGCACACUGCCUAGCACGCCAGACUUCGUUUUCGACGACGAGGAUCGUUGUGUGGUGUUAAAGCCUCCUGGCUGGCAAGUGGACACGGAGGGCGACGAACAAGACUUCAUCGAGGAAGCACACUCCGCGCGGGAGAUGCUUUCCGGCUUCAUGAUCUCCACUUUCUCCGGCACGCAGUUCCCAAUUCUUACCGACCGCCGGUGCAAGAAUGGCUUCCUUCAUAGGUUAGAUGUACCGAGCUCUGGCUUGAUCUUGGCAGCAAAGACGUACUACGCCUACUUCGAUUUGCUGGGGCAGCUGGCAUGUGGCAACAUCUCUCGCGACUACGUCGUGAUGCUGCAUGGGUUCCUGGCAACGUCACGAGGAAUUUUCCAGUUCUCCUUGGACAAGGACGUGGACGCCACGUGGUCCGCCAAGAGUGCCGUGCGCGAAAGUGGAGGCAAAGCCUCCUCCACACGAUUGCGCGUGGGCGGCUAUGUUUUCGCACAGCAGCACCGGCCGCUGACCAUCGUAGCGAUGCGGAUUGACUCCGGGCGGCGGCACCAGAUCCGAGUGCAGUCUGCCUACACCGGCCAUCCCACAGUGACGGAUCGUCGCUACACAGUGGAGCUUGUCUACGACGCGGACGCGCGUUGGUGCAAGCGCAACUUCUUGCAUCGUUUCAGCUUGGCAUUCUGCGACUCGGAGGGUGCCCCGCAGAGUGCCAGAGCAGCACUGCCGACGGACCUCCGCGAGGCUAUGUGGGAGGUGACACCCAAAGAUAUGGUGAGCGCCUUCGCAAUCGACACGUGGACGGUGGAUGAUGGCGUCGACAUGCCACCCUGGGACCAAAGUCCGACCUUGUCAAAAGAUGUGUCUUGCAGUAGGUGA